GCACCACCUUCAACAGUCCCAGCACAAUAUAUGCCUAUCACUGGUCCUUUAUUAACUCAACCGUUAAACAUCGAUAAUCAAAGCAUUGGUGGUGAUACAAAAGACAGAAGGGAAUCAUUAUCUUCUCAAAGUGGUGCACCAUCAUCGGUUCAAGCUUCUUUGCAACCAAUGAUGGAUUCCAAUUUUAUUCAAACUGCUCAACCAACAUUCUACCCUCCACCAACUUAUUGGCAUCCCCAACAUAUGAUAAUGCCUCCGUUUAGUACUGGAACUUCAGCACCAGGAUACAUCUCUGCUCAACAAGCGUGGACAACAUCAGUUCCUAAAGAUUCAUCUGGAGUCAGUCGUAUACAACCAACUCAAUCAACUGGUGUGAAUUGCGCUGCUAAUAUGUCACCAGCGAUGCCUUUGGAACAACAAUACGUGGAGACACCCGUUACUCAACAUCAUUAUCCUUCGGCGCCUGAACAGUAUCAAGCGACAUCUCAGCCACAAGAGCCAAAUUCGGAAAGUGAUACUAAUAUUGUGUCCUAUCUGAUCGAAGAACAAAGGAAAGGCCUUGAGGCUACAAAUUUGGCUUCAGAUAACACUCCUCCUCCUACUCCUUCUGAAGCUGGUUCUACUACAUCAUCUCGAUCACGAAGGUCAUCAUUACCUCCGCGACAACGAAUCAGACAACCUUCAGUGGCUUCAAUGUCUCCUGCUUCAUCUGUUUCUUCUCUAAAACCUUCAUCACUUAAUAGAUAUUUCAUUCUUAAAUCUUUGACCCAAGAUGAUCUUGAUAUUUCUGUUAAAAGUGGAUUUUGGGCUACUCAACCACACAAUGAAGCGGCAUUAAAUAAAGCUUUUAAAAGUGCUGAAAACGUGUAUCUUAUUUUUAGCGCUAAUAAAAGUGGCGAAUUUUAUGGCUACGCAAAGAUGGUGAGUCCUAUUAGUAAAGAGACUACAGAAACUGUACAGUGGACACCGAUUGAUGAAGCGGCUUUGGCAGCUUCUUCAUCACGGCCUUCCCCAGUCCAGGAAGAUAUGAAAACUAGAGUAAAAAAUUCUCAGGAUGAAGAUAAUGAUGAUUGUGAAGAUGACGGUGUUCCAUCACGAAAUUGGGGAACUACGUUUAAAGUUGAAUGGAUGAAAGUGUGA